UCUACAACACUAUACAAACGACGUGCACUAGUCACAGAGUCGUGGUUUACACGGGAAGCCACGUGCGCACGCGCUACUUUACCUGUACGAGCUUAUGUAUACCUGAAUACUACGUACACCAGAAACGCGUGUGUUUACAUACAUUUUGUUCUGGAAUAUCUGCCACACCGGGCGUGUGUGAUAUGUAGGCAACAAAAUGGCGGCCGCUUCAGAACAGUAUGUGGACAAUGCUGAAAGCGAUGCCGAAGACAAAACCGCAUCUCGAGACGAAGCUCAGAAAGUUUGGACAGACGACGACAUCCAGGCACUCCUGAUUAAGGCAAUAACCUUUCGUGCCCCGAUAAAGGACAUUCGAACUGUAAUAGAAUGUGGGGCAAACGUGAACAAACCAAUCACCAGCGGUCUGCAUCCCAUCCAUUACGCGGCCUAUGGUGAUGACGUCGCGUGCGUCGAGCUGUUGCUGAAAUCUGGCGCUAACGUCAACGCUACAGACAACAUCGGCUAUACCCCGCUGCAUCUGGCAACGCGACGGGGAAACUACAAAACCAUGGUUAAGUUACUCGAAAAUGGGGCGCUGGUUAACUUUAACGAUCCCGGCGUUGAAAUUCAUAACACCGAAGAAACGAACAAGCUUGGAUAUACAACCACAGAACCGAUUAAUCUCGCUAUACAGAACGGCUUUGCGAAUUGCGCGCAACUACUGUUAGAAAACGGUGCAAGAGCGAAUAACAAAUACUUCAUGGGGUUCGAAAUGUCCCUGGCCCCAUUAGAUAACGUGGAGUGUCUGGAGGUGCUUUUAAAGAACGGCGCCAGCCCGAACGUGUUCAACAGGUGCGGCCUAUCGCCAUUGAUGAAGGCAUGCAAAGAUCAUCAUAUUGACGCUGUCCGAACGCUGAUCAAAUACGGUGCAGAUGUGAAUGCUCAAUGCCCACCUUUAUUUGAACAGAAAUCCGUGCUCCAGUUUGCUAUCAUUAGUGGUAACAUUGUGAUAAUAAAUAUUCUUCUUGGUAAAGGUGCUAAAAUCGAAAGAUACGGAGGCUACAAGCACAGCGCUCUACAUACUGGAGCCAUCAAAGGACGCGCGGACAUAUGUCGAGUGCUUCUGCAGCACGGAGCAGACGUAAACGAACGGACGGACGAAGGCGCGACGGCCUUGAUGCUGGCUUGUUGCGCACCGGAAAUGCCAGAGCGGGAAGAGAUUGUCAAGAUGUUGAUCGACUCAGGAGCGGACGUGAAUGCCCACUCGCCUGCGUAUAGCUACUUUGACCCGUAUUUAGCACCAAUAGCAGAGUACUUUAAGAACGUAGGAAACUCUGAACAAUUCAGUAUCGUUUACAUACUUGUUCAAAAUGGCGCCAAAGUGCAUUUCUGUUCAGCGGAGUUAGAAAAUAGGAAACGCGACCCAUUUUCAAUUUUGCCGUAUUGCCACUGCAUGAUCGGUUAUCCGGAAAUGUUCUUCCUGAUGAUGGAAGUGGCGUCAAAGUUCCAGCCAUUGGCCAUAUACGUUAGUUCGAAUAUUCCCGAGGGAAUGAAGGACCAGCUUUUGUUGACUGGUACCCAGGCGCGUGCGCUGAAGCAUCUAUGUCGUCUUACAAUUGACAAUAGACUAGGCGCCGGUUUACCGGAUAAAGUCCCGCUUCUCCCACUUCCAGCGAUACUCAAUAGUUAUCUUCUCUAUCAGUAAAGAAGCCGUCACCAUGGGCUAACAUGUGACAUUCGACUUUAAAGGUGCAGCCUGUACGGUACUUAAUGUACCUAAGUUCUGACGCAACAAUACAACGCUAUUUUCCAUGAAUGUUUCUUAUACGUUUUUAUAUUACUGUUGAAGAUGAAAUCAAUUUUCUUUAUUCCUGUGCUAUUUUGGGAUUAAAAUAUUUUAGAGAGCUUGA